GCCACAUACAAGACUUAGGGGGAAACAGCAGAGUUGCCAGCGUAGAUGCUUAGAAGUUACUUUCUUCUUAGAAGUUACAGUAACUUUCUCCUAGGAUCCUCAGAGGCUACAAUCAUCUCGUUGGUGAAAAGCAGGGCAGCUGUCAGAGACACAGUCGAGGAGAGUCAAAAGCUUUAUGUUUUGGAGGUCGGAUGCGUCAGGAUGGGUGCACUUUGAUGGAUCCUUACGCUUAGUUAAAGCAUCAGUCUACAUCCGCAGCCAGCAAAGCAAAGCCGGAGAAGCCGGGCGCGGGAGCCGAACUUUCUGCGCACGCUCGAGCGGCGCGCGGGGCCUUGUGGGAAGGCGCAGACCUCCGGCGGUGGUGUAGGACGCCGUGCGUCUCCUUGGAGCCGGUGAGGGUGGUGGCGGCCGGUGCGGACUUUGCAGGACACGAUGACUUCUAAGGCAGUUGAGCUGCAGCUCCAGGUGAAGCACAACGCAGAGGAGCUGCAGGAUUUCCUGAGGGACCUGGAGCACUGGGAGGAGGACAUGCAGAAGAAGGACCUGGAGCUGAGAAGACAGGGCGGGGCUCCCGAGGAGAAUUUACCUCCUGUACGAAAUGGGAAUUUUAGAAAAAAGAAGAAAGGUAAACCUAAAGAUUCUUCCAAAAAAACCAAAGAAGAAAACACAAAAAACAGAAUAAAAUCUUUCGAUUAUGAUGCCUGGGCAAAACUUGAUGUGGACCGCAUUCUUGAUGAGCUUGACAAAGAAGACAGCGCCCAUGAUUCCGGGUCCCAGGAGUCGGAGUCGGACGAAGACGGCAUUCGUGUGGAUUCCCAGAAGGCUCUUGUUCUAAAAGAAAAGGGCAAUAAGUUCUUCAAGCAAGGGAAAUACGAUGAAGCCAUCGAAUGCUACACGAAAGGCAUGGACGCCGAUCCCUACAAUCCCGUGCUGCCGACCAACAGGGCGUCCGCCUACUUCAGACUGAAAAAAUUUGCUGUUGCUGAAUCUGACUGUAAUUUGGCAAUUGCCUUAAGCAGGAAUUAUACCAAGGCUUACGCCAGGCGAGGUGCUGCUCGGUUUGCUCUGCAGAAAUUUGAGGACGCCAGAAAAGAUUAUGAGAAAGUGCUAGAACUGGAACCAAAUAACUUUGACGCAACAAAUGAACUCAGGAAAAUCGACCAGGCUUUAUCAUCCAAGGAGAACUCACAUGGUCCGAGAGAAGCUGCAGCUGUGACUGAGCUGGCUGCAGGCAGGAAGAAGCCCCCUGAGGGUCAGCGGGGCAGACAGGAGGCCAUCGCAGAGAAAGACCUGGGCAAUGGAUAUUUCAAAGAGGGGAAAUAUGAGCGAGCAAUUGAGUGCUACAGCCGGGGGAUAGCAGCGGACAGCACCAACGCCCUGCUCCCCGCCAACAGAGCCAUGGCCUACCUCAAGAUUCACAAGUAUGAAGAAGCUGAAAGAGACUGCACACAAGCGAUCUUACUCGAUGGCUCCUAUUCAAAGGCUUUUGCCAGAAGAGGAACCGCAAGAACAUUUUUGGGAAAGAUCAAUGAGGCCAAGCAAGAUUUUGAAACUGUUUUACUUCUGGAACCUGGAAAUAAGCAAGCAGUGACAGAGCUUUCCAGAGUCAAGAAGGAAUUAAUUGAGAAAGGAUGUUGGGAUGAUGUCUUUCUCGACUCCACGCAGAGACACAAUGUGGUGAAGCCUGUAGAUAAUCCUCCUCCACGAGGGUCCGCUAAAGCACUCAAGAAGAUUUUUAUUGAAGAAACUGGCAAUUUGAUAGAGACUAUCAAUGCACCAGAUGGUUCUGCCACCGUCCCCAAGAGUGACCGAGCAACAGUGACAGUGGGCACUGGGGGCAGGAAGAACCCAAGCCAGGGGCCCUCUUCGCCCGCAGGGGGCACUCCAAAAGCUAAAGUGUUGAAAACAGAAGCAACCAGUGACACUUCAGCCCCACAAGCCCAGGUGGAUGUGAAGCAGGAGGUGUGGCAGCCUGUGAGUGAGAAGGCCUCUGUGAGGGUGCAGCCGCCGCCAGGGCAGUCGGCCACUGUGGCUCUGCCUCCAGUUCCUGCCAACUCCUUCCAGCUCGAGUCUGAUUUCAGACAGUUGAGAAGUUCCCCAGAGAUGCUGUAUCAGUACCUGAAGAAAAUCGAACCAUCUUUGUAUCCCAAGUUGUUUCAGAAAAACCUAGAUCCAGAUGUAUUCAAUCAAAUCAUUAAAAUUUUACACGACUUUUACAUUGAGAGGGAAAAGUCAACUCUGAUCUUUGAAGUCUUAGAAAGCCUUUCUCAACUGAGAAGGUUUGACAUGGCGGUGAUGUUUAUGUCUGGACCUGAAAGAAAGCUCACAGAUGUAUUAUUCAAUCACUUAGAAAAAUCAGAAUUGAAGGAGGAUUCUCUUGAAGAACUCAAGAAGAGAUACGGCGGCUGACCAUGAUUGGACAUUGCUGAGGCUUCUGUGCACAUUAUUUUUCUUACUGAAAUCAAGUGUUUGGCUUUUUACGAAAGUGAAACCUUACCUGAGAGGAGUGUCCUCUCCGGAUGGCAGUUGAUUCACUGUAAGUGUUCUGUGGCCUAACUAGUGAGAAAUGCUUCAAAUAAAUUAAAUUUUUAUGAGAUAUA